UUAAUUUUGACAGAUUUCUAGAAAAAAAAAAAAAGAAUCAAAGGGCAUAGAAAUGGUGCAUUUUGAGUUUUGAGUCCAAGAUGAGGUAAAAACGGGGCUGGUAAAAUAGGUGCGACUGUCACAUUGAAUGUGCUGUGCACGUGUAGACCUAACAUCACUUGGGGGUAUCUGCAGUGAUUACAGAUUGCAGUCACUGUUAUUUGUGACCUUCAAAAUCAUAACCCUUUGAGAACAAAGCAUGUCCAGUCUGGUCCAGUCGUGCAAGUCGUGUGAUUUAGGGUCACUGCUGCAUAUGUGUGGAAAGAAAUGAGUCAAAUAUUUGUUAGGUUAUGUGAUGUAUUCAAAUGCGACUUUGUACAUACAUAUUUACUUACUUACGUACAAGUAAAUACACAGUACCAUUACAUGGAUUUAUAUUUUUAGUGCGUUUAAUAAUUUACAUUAACAUAUAACGUGAAUUUGAUGGAUCAUUACGAUGUACUGGGUUGUACGAAGGACUCGACGUUCGAGGAUAUAAAACGUGCAUAUCAUGCGUUAGCUUUAAAAUUUCAUCCAGAUAAGAAUCCAUCAGAGUUGAAUAAUAUAAAGUUUCAGCAUAUAUUAGAGGCAUGGAAUGUUUUACGCGAACCUAAAUCAAGAGAAGAAUAUGAUACUAUGCAGAAGCAGGUAGAACUAGAUUCCGAGUGUAUUCCAGUAUAUGCUAGAAUACAUGUUAAUGAAUUGGAAAUAGAAAAUGACGACGAGGCUACGUUGAUUUAUCGAUGCAGAUGCGGUGGGCUGUACUGUGUUGAAAGAAAAUAUGUUCAGAAAAAAGAUCAAUCGAUACACGUUCCAUGUUUGGAAUGUACUUUUCUUAUCAUUGUUGACACAUAGUAUUUAUAUACAGAGAUAAAAAAAUUGCAUCAUUAAAAUUGUAUACAACUUAAUUAGAAGGUAUGAUGUAUUAAGAUAUAAAGCGUAAAACAACAGGAUUUAAAAUGCAGCAACAUUUUCUAUUUCUUAUAAAAAAUGAUACAACAGAUAACAUAUUGUUACAAAUAUAAACUAUUGAGCAAUAUACAAAUAAAAACACGAUCCUUAAAAUAUCCUAGGUUCAAUAAUAAAAAUUGCAUUUACACAAACUGUGUUAUGUAUUGGGAUUAAAAUUUAUGAAGCUUAUUGUCAACGGGAAUCUAGCGUUUGCAUAUUCGCUUACAUAAUUCCUAUAAUGACAAAGUUUGUAUAAAAAAUUGAUUUGCUAUAAAAAUGUACAAUAAACUGAAACAGAUUGUAA